CUACUUAAUAGUUAAUAUACAAGUUUGUUAUUACUUGCCCGUCCCCAAAGAUAAUCUCUCAAAUUAGACGGGAUGGUUUAUUUACUCAAACUCCCUAUUCUGUUUUGAACCAUGUCAAAUGGUACCGUUUUUGUUACAGUUGUCAGUAAGAUUUAUUUUUUGGUGAUGAUUUAUUAUCAGGAAUUUUUUUUAAAUUGUAUGUUUAUCUAUUAGGAUUAUUAUAAUUAUUCUGGUCACGUCAGGAGUCAACGUUAGGUUGUUGAUGUUUUUAUUUUUAUUUGUGUUGAAUUUACGGCGAGCGACGAAGAAAAAAUGAUUUAUAUUUGUUUUUUGCAUAAUGCAGAGGAUAAAGUUUUUCACAUAGCUUACUAUUAUUUUUACGAGCAAACUUUGGAUUGGCUAGCACGUUGGGACGGCUGAAUAUUAUAUUAACCUAGACUGCUUAUAUAGUCUAUGACUGUCCAUGAUUUUACAUUUCUUGUUUUUUCUGUGCCACAUUUGUGUGGAAGUACGAGCUGUUGAACCGUCAUCAGCGUGUCGUGUUGUACAAAGUAGUCUCAUUGUAUAGGAACGUUAUUUUAUUAUAUGUUCCAUCACAUAUUUAUCAAAGUUACAUUGUUAUACUACUGUUAUAGAUAGGGUAUUUUUGUAUACCUGUAUAAAUAUCGAAAAUGGAUUCAAAACAAGAAAAACAAUACAUUUUCAAUAUGAAGUUGGCACGCAUUAUGGGCUUGUAUCAAAUUUUAAUUCCAAAUUCGACUUCAAUUUUUGGUUACAACAUAUAUCACAUUGUUAUUGUGUUUUUGUUAUCAUUCACGUUCGCCAUAUCGAUGUUGUUCCCAAUUGGUUUGCUAUAUUUAAGAAAUGAUAUAAUUGCGAUCAUGUACUACAUGGGAUGCAUAAGUAAUUUCCUAUUAUCCUGUUUCAAAAUGGUCAAUAUUCUCUAUCAUUCCAAGGAUAUAUGGAAAUGCAUUGACGUUACAAGCUUUAACUAUAUUUCGUACAAACACUACGAUAGAAAUGUAUUUAAAAACUGGCAAACACGGUCUAUACGAGUUACGUACAUAUAUAUUGUAAUAGCGUUAUUCGCUUUUUUUUGUUGGAUUUUUAGUCCAUGUAUUAUGAAUAAAUCUGUUAUUGCUAUUAGAAAUAUUGACGGUUCAUAUAGCAAAUACCGAAUGAACAUUUUUAAUUUAUAUUUAAUAGCAUCAAAUGAAACAUAUAACAAGAACUUUUACGUAUUCUAUGUUAUCGAAAUAAUAAUUAGUAUUUGCUAUGUAUAUUUUACUAUAGUAUUUGAUGUUCUUAUGCUUUUGGUAUGUUUUGCAAUAUCUUACCAAUUGGAAACAAUCAGUAAUACAAUUAAAUCACUUGGCCACGAAAUAUGUACAAUGGAUAAUAUGAGGACUAGUAAUUCAAUACAGUUAAAGGAGAAACAUGGCAUAUUAUAUAAUGAUUUAAUAACAAUAAUGACAGACCAUCAAAACGUUCUAAAAAAGUUAAAUGAUUUUUAUAACAUAUUCCGGUCAAUAACGCUAACUCAAAUAUUCAUAGCUUCAAGCUCACAUGUAUUUAUUUGGUUUAUUGCUGCAAUGAGUAUUGAUGAAGGUGAUAAUGCAGAUUCAAUAUUGUCAUUUAAGCUAUUCAUCGUACUCCCUCUGAUAAAUUUUCAACUAUUUAUGACUUGUAGUUUAUUUGGAACUAUAAAUGAAAAAAAAGAUUCAAUAAUUUUUGCAUUAUAUAGCAGUAAUUGGACUAAUAUGGACUUAAAAAGUAAAAAGAUGAUUUUGUUCAAUUUGACAAUAAAUAAUGCCAACCAGUUAAAAAUGAAGUUUACAAAUACCAAAAUCGUUAACUUGGAAAUGUUUAGUCAUACGAUGCGCUUUUGUUACUCAAUAUUUUCAAUGUUAAUUAAUUAUAAUAAAAAUAAAAUGGACUAGAAUUUUAAUUGUUUAGAAAUUUAUUUUGAGUUUUGUUAAAAUAUUACUAAUUAAUAAUAUUGUAUUAUUGUUUUAUUAUAUUUAUUUAAUUUGUAUUUAUGAUUAUUAUUUUUAAAAUUGCAUAUAUAGUUAUUUAAUUUUAAUUAAUUUACACGGUACUUGAUUGAUUAUUUUAUCUGUAGUUAUAAUAAACUUAGAACACGUAAUUUACUUAAGACUUAAACUCUUAAAGUAUUGUUUGAAUGAACUGAGUUAUAA